AGAAGGAGGGAGGAAUCAGGAGAGGAGGAGGAAGGUAAGAAGGAGGGAGGAGAGAAGGAGGGAGGAAUCAGGAGAGGAGGAGAGGAGGCUGUGCUGAGGUGGACGUGGCGGGUCCAGCGGAGGGAGCUUCAGUGACGGACCGAACCGAGGACAGGCGGCCAUGACCCGGACCUCACGCAGCCUGGUCAGGUGUGGCCGGUGACCGCGUUUGAUUCCCAGAGGAGUCAGGGACACGCCCCCCAGCCCCUCCUCUCUGGUCAGGUCUCUGAAGAGACAGAGGGGGGAGUGGAGGACGCAGGUGGUCCUCAACAACUCUGCAGGUGUUGACCCGAGCGUGGUGAGGAGGAUAAGCUCCGCCCCUCACCAUGACAGACUUAGAGAGCGAGUGUUUGAGUCUUGGUCUGCCCCCUGACUGCAGCUCCCCCCCCCCGCCCCUGGAACCCUCCCUGGUCUCUGCCCCGACGCCCUCUCUCGCUCUCCUCUCCUCCGACUGCCCGACGCCCACGCUCAGCUCGCUGGCGGCAGAAGUGGCCGAGCCGCUGGUGAUGCUGCCGUGUGUGAAGAGCGAGCCGGAGGACGGAGACCUGGAGCCCAUCAGGACCGUGGACCUGUCGGAGAUCCAGGCGCUGUCGACCGCGGAGCUGGGCCAGGACCAGAUCAAGAUGGAGAUCAGCGGCCUGGACUACAUCAAGGCAGAGCAUCACGGCCUCCACAGCAGCCACCACCUGGGCCCGUUUGACCACAGCGACGUCUCGGAGCUGGACUACAAGUCGCACUACGAGCCCAGCUCCGUGUUCGACUACAUCUCCCAGGUCACGGACACGUUGGACUACAUCAAGUCGGACCACCAUGUGGACCUGCAGUGUUACUACACCACAGAGCUGAGCUCCCUGAAGUCAGAGUACCCAGAAUCCAACGCCAUGUCCACGUACCUGCAGCACAACGCCCUGGAGUCCAUCCACAUGGCCGAGCUCCGCACCGAGCUCAACAAGCUGCGCCCGGACACCCUGCUCACGGACGGUGCUGGCAAACCGGACCCUGAGUUUGGAGGCGGGGCUCUGUAUGAGCUGCAGCCGACCGAGGACGGGAAGGCGUCCGGGGAGGGGGCCGGGCAGGCGGGGGGGAGACUGCUCGUCACAACCAAGGGCCAGAGUCCGACGGUGAGGAAAGCUCGUAACAUGCAGGGGGAGAAGCCUUUCUCCUGCACACAGUGUGGGAAGAACUUCAGCACGCUGGGAAACCUGAAAACCCACCAGCGGAUCCACACCGGGGAGCGCCCCUACACCUGCUCGCAGUGCGGCAAGAGCUUCGGCCAGGCGGGAAACCUGAAACGACACCAGCUGAUUCACACGGGCCAGAAGCCGUACGUGUGCGCUCACUGCCCCAAAGGCUUCACCAAGGCCGACGACCUGCGCUCACACCAGCGGCUGCACACCGGCGAGCGCCCGUUCAUCUGCGUCACCUGCGGGAAGAGCUUCGGCCAGUCGAAGGAGCUGAAGGCUCACCAGCUGAGCCACACGGGCGAGAGGCCCUACUGCUGCCAGCACUGCGGCAAGAGCUUCACCAAGGAGACCAGCUACCGCAACCACGUGCAGAUCCACACGGGCGAGAAGCCCUUCACCUGCUCGCAGUGCGGAAAGACUUUCAGCAACUCCGGAGUGUUAAAAACCCACGAGAAGAUCCACUCGGGCGAGCGGCCCUUCGGCUGCACGCAGUGCGGCAAGAGCUUCGGCCGCCUCGGCCACCUGAAGGCCCACCAGCAGAUCCACACGGGCGAGCGGCCGUACGCCUGCCCCCACUGUGGAAAGACGUUCAGCCAGUCGGGUCACCUCAAAGCUCACGAGCAGAUCCACAAACGAGAACACACGGACACGGGCAGCAGCAGCAGCAGCAGCAGCAGCAGCAGCAGCAGCGGGGGGAGUGACAGUAGUUAAGAGAAUGUCAGAACCCUUUAAUCUUGCGGAAAAACAAAGUAUUAUUCCUUUUUUUUAUAAAUGCUAUCUAUACAUUUUUUUUCCUUAUGAAUCUUUCUUACAUUUUAAUACCUUUUGUGCUCUUUAUAUAUGUGGCAGGGUGGACCGACUGAUUUGCUCUUAUGCAAGUGUCUGUGAGUGAGUGUGUGUGUGCGUGCGCACGUGUUAUGUACUGUGUGUGAGAGACUGAGGGGUGUGUAGAUAAUCUGUUAACUGGUCAGAGUGGGAACUUAUUUUUAAAGUACUUCACUGAAACAAGCACAAACACGUCUGAAGUUUAGAAACUUCCUUUUGUAUGUUUUUAGUGAAACUGAGCGGAACCUCGUUCACUGUGAAGAUCCAGAGUUUCACAAAGUGUUGCUGGUUCCCACCUGCUGGUUCCCACCUGCUGGUUCCCACCUGCUGGUUCACAGACCGGUGUGAACUGGUCUCGUUUCAGUUUGAAAACUCUGUGUUUGAGUCUGAACAGAAGCUGAGACUUUGGACGCAGACGUUCUCGUCCUGAUUGGUUCUCAUCAGUCACAUGACUCGACUUCCAGAAAACACGUCCCUGCUCCUCCUUCAGAGGAGAUUCUGUUACUAAGCAACCAGCUGCAGAGGAGACAAUCUACUUCCUGUUUACAUCACAUGACCUGUGGAUGUUAAUGGUCAUGUGACGUGUGUUUGUGUUGACAGAGAUCGAUAUUGAAGCCGGAGGUUGUCUGACCCACGUGUCCACAUACUUUUGUCAGUGUGAGCGUGUCCUGUCACUGGGACCAACCUGAACCAAAGUACUUUUACUUUACCCACUGGUUUAUUUACAAUAUUAUUUUCAUAUAGUUCUUAUUUAACUAUUUCAUUGAAGUAAAACAAUGAAUUAUGUAAUUGUGGAACACAAACGGUCAUUGUAAGACUUGUUGAAACUUUGUCAACAGAAAUUUGCCUAACAGGAAGUGACAUCUGUUCAGGUGGAGACGCAGCAGCAGGUUUGAGCGGACGAGUGUAGAAUGAGUGAAGUUACGUUUGCAAACACUUGAUGUAUCAAACGUACAUAAAUCACUAAACACAAACAACGUCUUAUACUCUAAGUUUCAGCUUGGUCUGUGUCCCAUCUGCUCACAUGGAGGAGUUGAUGACCUAUACUGAUGGAUCAAAAUGAUUUGGCUUCACUUUAGGGAACCGUCAUGGCAUCCAUCUUUAUUUACUGCUGUGGAUGUUUCUUGUUUAUUUUCUGAUUCAAAUCAGAAAAAAUAUUCCGAUAAAACGAGAAGUUUUUAUUCCUCCGUCAUCGUCUUGUCUGAGAACGUGAAACAGGCGAACGGGUCCUGGUUCAGUUUCCUCCGCAGUAAAAGUACUUUAACUCUGAGUACAACAAAGUGCCAGUACUUCUUCUGUUUCAAUACUUGCUGCCAGUUUAGUAUUUUACUUGCAGAUGUUAACUCUGUUACUGUGUUGGUAAAAAUGAUGAUAUCAUUUUGAUAUUUUUUGUUGUUUGAUAAUCGGCUGAUACGACAUUCCUUAAGUUUUUAUAGCAGAAAAAUGAAAAUCAUUCCAGCCCCUCGCAGAUCGCUCACUGUGUUCAAAUCUAUUGAUAGUUAUUCCUAAAAAAUGAUAACAUUUAAAACAGCAGCAAAACAGGUAAAGUUGAUGAAGCAUCUGUACUGAAGAGAAUUAUUAAAGAAACUAAUGGAA